UUCCAAUCAGGUAAGAGUGGGGAUGUUGUCACUGCUUCACACUCAAACAUGGUUCCACAUGCUAAAGUGGUGGUGGUAUAACCUCUGAGACUAAUUCGUUUAUUCGAUACAGCAUCAAACAGCAAAAUGCAAUCUGCUAUGGAAAUAUCGGCUAGGUACUGCCAAAAAGAACUGGAAUCAUAUGGAUCAUGCGUGUCCUCCAACCCGUCGACAUGGCAGCAAAAGUGUCACGAUCUAAAGAUGAAGGUUUCACAAUGUACAUCAUCUCAUCCAGUGAUCCAGAAGAUCCGACAGGACUGUUCCAAAGAGUUUGUGAAAUUUGAGCAAUGCCUAAGAGAAAAUCAAGAGAGUCCUACCUCCUGCACAGCACAUGUCGCCCACUUUCUGAGCUGUGCAGAAACAGUGAACCUCAGUGGCCAACGGAUAAGCUACCUCAGUCAUCAUAGGAUUCAACCUGUGAGAUCACACGUGUGUUCAGCAGCAUGGAUGGAUUGAUUUGAGAUGUGUCCAAAACUUUUUCAUGUAUGUACAGUGACUGUAAGAAUACCUGUUCUUUUCACUGUGACUCUUUGUAACAAUAAAACUAGCAAUAUUGCAGCACCAUAAUUUACAGAAAUUGAGUAGAAAAGUAUCAUUAUUUUACUUAUCAAAGUCUUUCAAAUAUAGAUACUCUUUGUUGUACAUUUUGCUGCUGUUUGCUCUGAAAUUUCCUCACUGAAGGGUUUAAUAAAGGUGUUUUAUAUGAUCUUAUAUAGCAUUUACAUUAUACUUUACUGUAUGCAAGACCUUUUUUGUACUGAUCUGUUCAUUGAAGAGAGAGGUUAACUGUUUGUUGUUUUUUGUUGAUUAUGUCUGCCCUUUCUACCAUUGCCUUCUCCAGGCCUGAGUCAUCAUCAAAUAUUAAACUGGAAUGUGUACUCCCA